CAUCCAACUUCUUCUGCCUGCCAGCCUACAAAAAGUCGGAUUUUCUAGCGAAUACGAGUGAAACUGACACAUCACUCAUUUGAAUAUUGAUCAUCUGUCAUUUAAUUUCCUAACCCGUCCGGUUCCAAUUAAGUUUCCACAUUUCACACUAAAUUCCCCCCCCCCACACAAAAUGGUAUCAUUUCCAGCUCCAAAGUCCUCCUCCUCCUAGGUCGGCCAGGAGAAAAAGUGAAAAUCAAAACAAAACAAUUCAAUUGAAAAAUUGGUUGUGAACUCGAAUUAAUUAACUUAGCUUUAUAAGUAAUUCAAACCAGUACAAAAAAAAUUGGUAAUCAUUGUCCCGAUUGUUCGCCUCGUCCCCUGAAGCGAUAAGUAAGUAUUGACCUUAUCGUGGUUAACAUGCCAGAAAACAGUGAUUUGAACUAAGUGACACCACGAAAAAAUUGUUAUAAAUCCGCCCGUCGAAAAGAUGGGCGACGCGGCGACGGAAAAGUUAAUCUUCGCGUUGCAAAAUGACUUGAAAACGUUGAGUUUGGAGACGAAGAAGAAGCACGGAUUCGUCAAGGAUGCCUGCGAAGAGGCCAUCGCCAAGAUUCGUGCGGCACAAAAUUCCCCCAAUUCCAUGGCCUACAUUACCAACCAGGCCCUCUACCCCGUCAUUCAAGGGUGUGACACCAAGGACCCCAAAAUCGUCAAGCUCUGCCUGCACUCCAUCCAAAAGCUGAUCACGGGCGGUCACGUGGACGCGAAGGGGGCGCGGAGUGUGUACGAGACGGCCGUGUCCCUCCUGGAAGUGGGGAUGGAGGAGAUCAAAGUGCUCCAAACCGUGACCCUCCUCCUCACCACGAACGACACGGUGAAGGGCGACCUCCUCGCAAAAAACCUCGUCCUCUGCUUCAGACUCCACUGCUCCAAAGACGUCACCACGUCCCACGCCGCCGGCGCCACGGUCCGACAACUCGUCUCCCUCGUCUUCGAAAGGAUCGACAAGGACGAAGUCGUCACGGAAGAAUUAUCACCGGAAGGGAGUGACGCCUACUUACUGUUUCAAGACCUUAUCCUCCUCGUCAACGGGGAACAGCCGACAUGGUUGGUCGGCAUUUCAGAAAUGUUCCGAACUUUUGGACUAGAAUUGCUCGAAACGGUCUUGGCCAGAUUUCCAUUCGUAUUUGAAAAGUACGACCAAUUCAGCCUCCUCCUAAAGGAACGCGUUUGCGCCAUGGUUAUCAAGUUAUUUUCGCCGAACGCCAAAUUCAAGGCGAACCACCAAUCCCAUCAUUACCAUCAAGGCGGCGGCGGCGGCGGUGGUGGGGGCGGCGGGGGAAGUGACCUCCUCCUCGACAAACCGUUCUACCCCACGUCCGUUCGACUCUUGAGAAUCGUCGACAUCCUGAUUUCCAAAUAUUACACGCUUCUCGUCACCGAAUGCGAAAUAUUCCUCUCCCUCCUCGUCCGAUUUCUGGACCCGGACAAACCCACGUGGCAGCGGUGCCUGGCCCUCGAAGUCCUCCACAAGCUCAUCACGUCCCCCCAACAUUUGUCCAAAUUUUGCAAGUCAUACGAUCUUAAACCACACGCUACGAAUAUUUGUAAGGACAUGGUGAACGCCUUGGGAGCCUAUGUCCAGUCCGUCUUUGCGAAUCCAAUCAUGGCGGGGAUGGGAGGCGGCGGUGGGGGCGGUGGCGUUGGUCCGGGGGGCAGUGGUGGAGGGGGCGGAGGUCAGCAGCUUCACGGGGGCGGGAUGCAGGGUAGCAGUUUGGGCGGUGUGACGAACGGACAUCAUCUCGGGGGUCCGGGCGGUGGGGGCGUGGGGAGCGGGGGUUUGGGCGGCAGUGGGGGCGGAUCAGUGGGCAGUGACGGGUCCAUGAUGGGCUUCUACUUCAGGGGCAGUUUGGUCCCCUUGAUCCACGUUUAUCAACCUUCCACCCCAAAACCCCAGCUGAUGGAGCUCACUGAUAAACAAGAACCCCCCGCUUUUGCCACCUGUGAGUCUUACGGAGUUGCAAUUUCCUUCGCCUGCCUCUCCGACUUUGUCCUCAGUUUGGUCCAAAUCGAGCGAGACGUGGAAGAAGGACAGGUCGAAAACGCCGCAGUUUUGAAACAAUUGCUCACCUCAAGUUGGCCCGGACUUCUGGCCGCGCUCAAUCUUUUAUUGGAAGCUAGCAUUGACGACGGGAUAACGGAGUCGAUUUGCGAGCGUUUAGUGGACCUGGCGACGUUGAGCGGGAAGGCGGGGCUGCAGCAGUGUCGCGAGUCGACCGUCUUGUCCCUCUGCGUCGCCACACUCCCUCCCCACUAUGGUUACGCCGUCCUCAAGGGAACCAUUGGUCAUGGCGAAUCCCCGCAUCCCAUCAGCUACUCGGAAAUGGAUAAUGGCAAACAACAAGUCGUCGUCGUGGGGACCAGCGUCGUCCCCUCGCUAGCUUUACCACCCACCCUGCAGUCCACACCGGUCAUGCUGACGAAGAAGAAUUUGCUGGUGACGCAUUCCGUGUUGCGGUUGUGCCUGGAGUCUGGCCCCAUCCUGCUGACCUCGUGGCUGACCGUGUUGACAACGCUGCAACACCUCUGCUGGGUCUGCGGCAUCGUCGCCAAGUCCUCCGCCGACUUUAUCUCCAACCAGGUCGCGCGCCUCGGCAUCGACUCCAAGCAAACCAGCUCGCUCGCCAGCAGUGUCAACAGUAUUACAAACUCCUCGGGAGAAUCGGGCUACUCGACCUCCUCGUCGACCGGAUGGGGUUCGACCGGUCCGCAGAUGACGUCCGGGAUCACGGCGGGCGUUUCCGAGCUCAGCAUCGCGUCCUCCACGAAGGGCGUCAUGAAGUCUGCGCAGACGUCGAAAUUGAACGGGUCGUCAGCCCUCUUGGGAGGACCCGGCUCUCGGUCCGGUUCCGCCGGGGGGGUCGGCGUCAUGGGCGUCGUCGUCGACUUUGUCAGCUGUCUUUCCGGCGGCGUCAUGCGUCUCAUCGAGACCUCCGUCGUCCUCGAUGACGUCUCCCUCCACCACGUCAUCAACGCCCUCACCAAUCUGAGCCAGGAAGCCAUGGAAAUCGCUUAUUCUAAUCGGGAACCCUCCCUCUUCGCGGUGGCGAAACUGUUGGAAAUCGGUCUUGUGAACCUGGACCGGGUAGAAAUCUACUGGCGGCCUUUGACGAACCACCUCCUGGAAGUGUGUCGUCACCCGCACAUCCGAAUGCGGGAGUGGGGCUCGGAAGCCAUCACCUUCCUCGUCCGCUCCGCCCUGCUGCACGAGGAGAGCGAGGAGGACAAAGUGGCCGGCCUGCUCCUCAGCCCCCUCUGCGAACUCUCCUCCGUCCCCCACAACGACGUUCGCAACAAGCAGCUCAUGGCCCUCUCCCAGAUCCUCCACUGCAAGGGCGACAAGCUCCGGAGCAGCUGGCCCCUCGCCAUCAGCAUCCUCGGAGACAUUUACGACAAUCACAGCGAGGGUCUGAUCCGGUCCGCCUUCCAAUGUUUGCAACUCGUGGUGACGGACUACCUGCCGGUGCUGCCGUACGGCUGCAUCCCCCCCUCCAUCGACACCGUCGCCAAGUUCGCCCGGCAAAAGCAAGAGCUUAACGUCGCCCUCAGCGCCAUCGGACUCAUGUGGAACAUUGCCGACUUCCUGUACCAAAACCGGAUCAAAAUGUUGGACAAUUUAACCCCCGAGGUCGCCGUGUUCCCCGAUUUCCCCGGAGUCUCCGAAAUCCCCCAGUUUGACCGACUCUGGUUAGGAAUUUAUCAACGAUUAGGCGAGCUUUGUGUGGAUGAGCGUCCCGCGGUUCGGAAGUCGUCCGGCCAAACGCUAUUCUCCACGAUUGCGGCGCACUCCAACAUUUUAAGCAAAUAUUCAUGGGACUCCGUCAUGUGGCAGGUGCUAUUUCCACUUUUGGAGCAGGUCGAAAAAUCGUCCAAGAGUGCGAGCAGUGAAAAAGUCGACGGGCAGAACACCCUUCUCAUCCACCACUCGAGAAAUACGGAGCAAAAACAGUGGUCAGAGACGCAGGUCCUCGUGUUGUCCGGGAUCUCGAAAAUCUUCAGCACGAAGCGGUCGAACCUCUUGGAGAUUGCCGACUUUCAAAAAGCCUGGUUCUUCUUCCUCCAAUUCAUGCAGAACUGGGCGAUGAGCAGUAACGACGAGGUGUCCCUCGCCGCGCUCAAGUCGCUCCAGGAAUCCCUCUACAUUCCCGGUGGCUGCGAUGUCACAGAUUAUGUCGAGCCGGAGGAGAUCAGCAAGCGGAGUUGGAUCGUGUACUUGGACAUUGGGGAGAAAGUGGUCAUCGAGCGGGGCGCCCAUCAACAUUUCCUCACUGCCUACGUCACCAUUUUCCAGUAUCUCUUCCCUCCCCUCAAAAACAGACUGACGAUAAAGGACUUGACGAAGCUGAAUGCAAUAAUUGGCAAGAGUUUGGUCAUCCCUUUGUCGGCCGAGGGUGCGUCCACGAUACUCUUUUCCUCCUCCGACAGUGGCAUGACGCCGCUGCAGGAUCAAAUCUAUCAAGCCUACGACAUCAUCAUUAAGGAGUCCCUGCAAACGCCCAAACUGAAAGUCCUCCUGCCCUGCGUGAUCCUCCAACUGAUCGACUUUGGCGCCUAUGCUGUCCGCAAUACCACCUGCGCCAAGGGAAUCCCACUCGAAGGCGUCAUCCCGAACUGUAUGGAAUUCGGGGUCAAAUGUUUAAAACUCUCCGUCUCCAUUUUGUCCAACAUCUGCACCGAGAAGAGCGUCGUGGAGGACGACUUCUUCCAACAGGCCAUGACCAAUUUCCGUCCCAUCCUGGCCUCCCGUUUCCUCAACUCGGAGGGCGCGUGGAGAGAGUGCGCGGCGCAGUUUUUCCUCUCCGUCCCGCUCAUGGUGGACCAGCGACCUUCGAGCGCCGCCUUUUGGAUGGAGCUGGCCCACUGCGCGUCCGAGUUCCUCUUUUUCUCGUCCGGCUCAGGGGACUGGAUGACGAAGAAGGGGUGGAAGGACGAGAAGAUGGACGUCCGCAUGGUCGGCCUCCUCAAGGACCUCGUCUUCCGGAACGAACCCGUCCUCUCCGCCCAGUUCCUCAUCCAAGUCGUCAAAAUCUUCCAUCGCGGCUCCUGCAUCAACGAGUAUGACGGAAUCAACGUUUCCGAGCGUGAGGAAUUUGUCCGUUUCUGUUUCUCCUCCUUGCUCGAGUUCGUCCUGAAGGGGCCGACGAACGUGUCGGCCAUCGUGGAAAUGCAGAGUGGCGAAGACGGCAAGAAAAUCGCCGUCCUCGCGCUCCUCCAACGAUUCCAAAAUAUUUUGCUAAACUACAAAGAAUACGUCAAUCAUAAUUCGCACAUUCCAAUCCAACGCCACCGCCUGGCCGAGAUGAACUUUGUCCUUCGUGCGAUCACUUCGCUGAUUGAGAAUUUGAAGACGGCGGAUCCUAGUCGAGUUACAGGAGGAACAUGGGAGCACAUAAUCGGGAUUUACCCCGACCUCGUGGCCAUCGUGGGGCUGCCCGGCGUCGACACGUCCAUCUCCAUCGCCCUCCGCGACGCCCUCCUCGCCUACAAAGACCUCCUCCGCCUCCCCGACCGCAGGUGAAGAAAAUCCAAAAAUUACCACCAACCAACCCGGUGUGUGGACCAAGUGAUAAUAAUUCCAACUUAAUUACAGGUUUAAUUAGCUAAUUAAUUAAUUAAUCAUGAUGCCAACCAAGCAUUGUACAUAUGUAUUUACGUGAACAUGUCUCAAUUCGGGUCUAGUUUUCUUCUAAAUUUCUCCACUUUCUUCCCCCCACACAGAAAAAAAGUAUGCGUGCGUGCGUCGAGUAGUAUGAAAAUAAGGCUGAAGUUACAUAAUUGUGCAAUUAUUUAUACAAUUUUAAUAAAUAUUUGAUAAAAAUUUGAAUAAAAACAAAUUAAAGUCAAGUAGUAAA